GACCUGGAGCGGCGGGGGAAACCACAGGCUUCAGCGGGGGCGGGGAGGGGGGGCUCACAGCGUCCUCGCGCGCGGCUAGAGCGGCGCCGCGCGAAACCCGACGCCUCCGCGCGUCUCCAGCUCCGCGACUUCGCGUGGAAAACCGCCCUCAGGCUGCAGCGCGGCCUCCCUUCUCCGACGCACAGGUACCCCUAAGAAACCUCACUGAAAAAGAAAGUACGGUGUUGGUGGCGGUGGUGGUGAUGGUAAAUACCCAGAAGAACAAAGAGAACAGGAGAGGACAAGAAGACAAGUGAAAGAAUGGAAAGAAAAUGAAUUCGUGUAAUUGCAAUAAAGGCAAGGAGAAAAAGGCGGAUGAAAGAAUUGUUUUAAAACAAAUAACAUUCCAGUGGAUGGGAAGAACUCUACAACUUCAGUUCAUUCUAGCAACCAAAUGUAAGGUAAGAAAACUGAGAUUCAGAGAAGGAAGGUAACUUCCCCAAGGAUCCACAGCUGACAGGCAUAAAUCAACAAGUAUGCUGCAUAAGAAAACGUUCACCUGGGGUGUGAGAUACAAGUGUUGACUUCUAAUUUCUGGUGGUGGCACUCCUUGAGGUCUUCUCUCUUGGAUUUGAAACUGAAGGAUCCAGAUAUCACCUCUCCCUGACCCGCUAAAGAGCCAGCUCAUGAUACUGAAUCAGUGAAAUUCUUCAGCUUUGACUUUGAAUCUGCAAAGAUGCAGAUGUUGCCAGAGCAAUUGAAUUACUGGAAAAACUGCAGGAAUCUGGAGAAGUACCAGUGCACAAGCUACAAUCCCUCAAAAAAGUGCUCCAGAGUGAGUUUUGUACUGCUAUUCGAGAGGUGUAUCAAUAUAUGCAUGAAACGAUAACUGUUAAUGGCUGUCCCGAAUUCCGUGCCAGGGCCACAGCAAAGGCAACAGUUGCAGCUUUUGCAGCUAGUGAAGGCCACUCCCACCCUCGGGUAGUCGAGCUGCCAAAAACGGAUGAAGGCCUUGGUUUUAAUGUGAUGGGAGGAAAGGAGCAAAAUUCCCCCAUUUAUAUCUCUCGCAUCAUUCCUGGAGGGGUGGCCGAAAGACACGGAGGCCUCAAGCGAGGAGACCAGCUACUAUCAGUGAAUGGAGUGAGUGUGGAAGGAGAACACCAUGAGAAAGCUGUGGAACUACUCAAGGCUGCUAAGGACAGCGUCAAGCUGGUGGUCCGAUACACCCCAAAAGUCUUGGAAGAAAUGGAGGCUCGCUUUGAAAAGCUACGGACAGCCCGGCGUCGGCAGCAGCAACAAUUGCUAAUUCAACAACAGCAACAGCAGCGGCAGCAACAAACACAGCAAAACCACAUGUCAUAGGUCCUUGAAGCUACUUGAUCAAACACCCAAUAGUCACAAGUUUGAAACCGUGCUUCAGAAUCCCAGCACAUAGUAAAGGAAAAGACAACACUGAUCAUUAUACCUGUCAAGAAACUGUGAACACGUGGUGUAUAAAUUCUUUACAAAGGCAACUUGACACCUUCUUUCUCUGGGGCUGAACCCCCGCUGCUCACGUGCUCUUUACACACACAGACCUUCCAUUCACUGCAGUGGGAAUUCUCAGUGUGUAAAGGGAGAGGUUUUCCAGUCUGCAGACUGAAACAGUAUAAGAAGAAUAAAGUCCAUGACUUUCAGAUAAAUCACCAGGGCCAGGGUUAAGUGAAUCUUGGGUCUAUAGCUUUUCCAGAGAUUAACAAAGCUCUCAUUAGGCUAUAGUUCAAACUGCAUCAGUUCAAGGUUGUUGCCACUUAAAAGAAACCUACACAUUGCCCCUCACGGGGACCUGUUCCACGUCUGUAUUGCUGAGUUGUCUGAAUUAGAAUUCCAGUUAAUUGCAAAUUCAACCUCUGUUUCCCUCUUGAAAAUGGCAAGUUAUUAUACUAUAUUUAUACUCAAUUCAGGUUCUAGAAGCAUUUGGCUUUUUAUUUUCUGUUUCCAUGAAUUAUGCAUUAAUAGAGUGGGCAAUUUCAACUCAACUUUUAGUUAGUUAAA